CAUUGCAACAUUGAUAUAGCUUAUACCGUGGGAAAGAGCAUCAGACUAGGUUCAGGCUGCCAACAGUGCACAGGAUCUAGGUGGUUUGAGCUAAACGGCGAGCUUCUAAAAACAGAUCACGAAAUAAUUUUCUUCUGCCACAAUGAAACGUCCUUGUGAAGAAAGUUCUACAGAUAGUGAUAUUGAUGAAACCAUAGACGUAGGGAGCGAAAAUAUCUACGCAGGGCAAGACAAUAAUGUACUCAUCAGAGCUGGGUCUCCGUCAACAACUUCCCAAAUAAUGGCCAGAAAGAAAAGAAGAGGGAUCAUUGAGAAAAGACGCCGGGAUCGCAUUAAUAACAGCUUGUCAGAGCUUCGCCGACUAGUCCCCACUGCUUUUGAGAAACAGGGAUCAGCAAAGCUAGAGAAAGCGGAAAUACUUCAGAUGACGGUGGACCAUUUAAAGAUGCUUCGGGCGACCGGAGGUAAAGGGUUCUUCGACGCUCACGCUCUCGCCAUGGACUUCAUGAGCAUCGGUUUCCGGGAGUGUUUGGCCGAGGUGGCCCGUUAUCUGAGUUCGGUGGAAGGUCUGGACACCUCGGACCCGCUGCGGCUCCGCCUGGUCUCUCACCUCAACACUUACGCCUCGCAGCGGGAAGCGGCAGUGAUGAGCUCGUCGGUGGCCGCUCACCACCACCAUCACCAGCAGCAGCAGCAGCAGCGGCACCAGCAGCGGCUCCAGCAGCACCAGCAGCAGCACUGGGCCGCCGCCUUCCACCAGCUGCCCUCCGCUUUGCUGCAGCACCACGGCCUCGCCAGCGACCGGCUGCUGGCCACCGCAUCCUCCGAACUGCACCCAGGGCCGUGGCUUGUAACCCACUGCAAGAGGCACCAGUACUGUUAUGAGCAAAUCGACAGCGAUUUUACACGCGAGCUUUCUGCUUUCAAGUAUCCCAAUGUGGACUAUUUUGUGUACGCAAAUUAUAACCAUUCUACUGUAUCUCCCUGAGGAGCUUUGCUCUAAUUGACACUCCCGACAACUUAGCCACCAGAGAGAAAAGAAAUGCCUUUUUAUGCCAUCAACAUCCACCUGAUAAUGGAAUGAAUCAAACCUGGUUGAUUUUGGAUGGAUCUCGCUCGUUCCUUUCGACUGCAACAUGUCUUGCAUACUUUGGCAGGGUACCUUUAUGGAGCAGAGUUUUCCAUUUGAGAUGACCAGUCAAUCUUAAGUAGAAUAACGGAAAUGGAACAAUUCAUUUCAGUUGAAUCGAAAGCCUUUGACAGCUUUUCAAUUUUAUUUUCGCCGUUGGGAUCCUCGAGAGUUUUCUAGUAGGAUUGGGUUCUUUCAAUCGCCGCCAGAAACAUCGUGAUCGAGCAUCUACCAGAAGUGAACAGGAUCUUAGGAACUGAGUGGAGUUCUCCACAGCACCUGCAGCAUCAAAAGCAAUAAUAUCAAGACAGCAUUCUCACACCGCUGUGCCUCAUUCUGAAAUUGCUGAACAGAAUAUAACGUAGAAGUGGCAGCAGCAGUAACUAAUCAGUCCCUAAUUGGACACCAGUCCCUUGCGUGAAGUACAUUUAUGUGCGAACAUCACGAACGGCGACUUUAUCGGAACUGUAUAUUCGCACUGGAUUGGAAGUGGCUUGGUGUUACAAGGUCUGAGCUGAAUUGGACACAUUGAAGUACAAAGGAUUGACUAGUUCAACUUAUGUGUCAAACUGAGUUUAAAACCAAGGGGGCAAAACAACACCUACCGUAGCUGAUGUUAACUUCUUUAAUCAUUCAUCCAUAGCGCAUAUUUCACUUAUCCAAAUCCAAAAUUUGAUUGCCCAGCUUCUAAAUUUAUAACCUUUAUUAAUUAAAUAUUAACUAAACUAAAAUUCGCAUAUUUUCAGAUCCACCACCAUGCAUUGGAAAAAGCAAAUGGGGACGUAUAUAGACACCUUUUCUGAAAGUAAACUCAUAGUCCUAUCUUUACAUGAGUUUACAAACUCUGUCAACUUUGUCUAUUACAAAUAUCAGUCCUAAUAUUUAUCUGUAAUUGACAGCACUGUGCAUUCUGUGGUCCUCUGUUUAUCCAGAGAGAUAGUUAUGGCGCACAGUGAAUAGGGGAGCAGGGGCAAAUUUAUCCCACACCUUUGUGAUUAAUUUUACAUUCUUCACCUUUUUCACCCAGUCUCUCAGAAUACCCAAAAAUGGAUUAUCAUAAUUAAUCAAUCUAAAAGUUUUAAGCUUAAAACAAUAGAAUGGGGAAUCUCUCCAUGCCCUUCUUUGGACUUUAUUUUGUUACCAGAACAGUUAUAUCAUAAUUAACUCAUAAUAACGAAGCACUUGAGUUCAUUCUUUCUGUUGCCUCUUGAAAAUUAAAUCACACUAAUGCAAAUGUGCAUUGAAGUGGAUGGAGAUUAGCCAAUUCAGCAUGAAAAACAGCAAAUGAAUACCAAUGAAAUGGUAUUUUUUCCCAUGGCUGUUGGCAUACUAAAAUAGAAUUCUACAAAUAAAUUUACUUUUGUUGCAUUUUAGUCUCACCUUCCAUGUUUUUUUGUGCUUAGAAUGCUUUUAUUAAAGCUAGAUUAAAGAAAUACAACUCUAUUGCUGCAGAUUAAUUAUUUUGGAGGAGGGGUUUUGCUUAAUUAUUUUCAAAAUGAAAAGUGAAAGCUAUUAUUACAAUAUUAAUAUGCUAGAUAAUAUCACAUUAAAUCAGCAAGUGGUCCCACACAAUAAUAAAUACGUGAAUUCACUGCAUUUGUUUUUGAAUAUGACAUAGCAUCAGGUUGAUAUAUGCAAAAUCAAAUGGGGUUGAUAAAAUAAUUUGUUCUGUUAAACUUAAUUUGGAACCAAUGGACCAAGGUUCAUGCCCUGGGCAUUUUGCUUGGAUCAAGCAUUUUCCUUUGCAGAUGACACUGGCAAGUUCUCUGUAGCAAAUAGUCAAUUGUUAAUACUGGGGCCUAGGGACCAGGCAAAGUACCAACAAAACUUAAUUGUGCACAGCUGAAAACUGUGGUCAGUCAAUUUUUUUGAUAAUUUUUAAAAAUACAUUCAUUCUGUUAGAUAUGUAUGUGGAAGACAAUAUGUAAUGAGAAAAAACUUGUAGAAGAAGCUUCCUACUUGUACAAGAACAAUGUUAUGUCAUCAUCAAAUUGUAUUCAUUGGCUCUUUUACCCAGCCAUAUUCCCACUGUCACUAAUCUGCUGCUAAAUUUAACGGCCUAAGGUUAAGCAAAUUACUUUUAAUUUGAGUCCUGUCCAAAAUGCAACUUGUUUUUUUAAUUAAGAAAGAUGUAAAAUAUGACAAAAGAAUAUGUUUGUACGUAAGGUCAGAGGUUAGGAUUUGUGUACAAAUAUAGCACUGUAGAUAAUAUGUUGCACUUGAAUUCUCUGCUGUGUGGAGAAGACAGUGAUAAAAAAUAAGUUUACUGUAUGCAGGAGAUGAUACAAUACAAAUGACACUUGUUGCUUAUUUACCUGCAUUCUAUAACCUGUUAUACAUUAAAUGUUUAUAAAUAUACGCUGGUUUUACAAAAA